AUGACAAGGUUCUAUUCAAUCGGAGGAUUCCCUGGGGUUACUGGAGGCAUCGAUUGUACUCAUAUACCCAUUAAAAGUCCCGGUGGAGACGACGCAGAAGUCUUCCGAAACAGGAAAGGAGUAUUCUCCAUAAAUGUGCAGGUGGUCUCAGGGCCCGAUCUUCAGUUUUUCGACGUCGUGGCAAGCUGGCCUGGCUCUGUCCACGAUAGUCGAAUUUUUACUAACAGCAGAGUAAGUGUCAUGUAUGAGCAGAAGGCAGUAACUGGCAUCCUCCUUGGCGAUCAAGGUUACGCAUGUUCGCCCUAUUUGAUGACCCCACUGAGGAACCCUCAAACAACUGCAGAGAAAAGGUACAACAGGAGUCACAUUAGAACGAGGAAUUCCAUUGAGCGAGCUUUUGGACUCUGGAAGAGACGUUUUGCAUGCCUCAGGACAAAGCUGGAAACGCUGACAGAGCGGACGGUUGCAAUUAUCACCGCAUGUGCAGCACUGCAUAACAUUGCUUGCACUUUGCGGGAACCCAACCCUAAUGUUGACGAGCCGGAGCCUGAAGGUGAAGGUGUGGCAUUGUAUGAACCUGACUCACCUCUGGGUACCCAACAUCGAAGGCACCUUAUCCAGCGUUGCUUCACAAGUGCCCAAAGUGAAGAUGACAGCGAUAUGGACACGGUGUAG